UCAUCAAUCAUCAUCAUCUUCCUGGACAGGAAUUAAGUCCUUGUGGAGUGUGUUACCAGACAUAACUGUUACAUGAUUCAUUACAACGGUCAUGGUUUUGUAGUCCUAUCAUUAGUAAGUCCCCACAUGGAUACCACUAAAGAGAGAAACAGAGAGGGCGUUGAUGUCGUUGUUUAUCAAACGCGCGACAGACCGCGUUGUGAUCUUACUCGCUUCGACAUUGAGGCGAUCCAGCUCGCAUGCACGCAAGUCACCGACGGUCACUUUGUGAAAUAAGAAAAAAAAUAAGGAGCCGCAAAGAAACUUCCACCCCUGUCAAGUUUCCUCAGAGAUAUACUGCAUAGUCUGGAAUGUAAACUGACAAGAUGAGCACAAAGCCGCCACAGACUCGACACAAGGUGUUCCCACCCCAACGUAUGCACACGAGGUCAAGGUCAAAUGUCAACACAGACGCUAUAAUAGGUUCAACGAUUGUCAGAUCCGACACCACUGUAAGUCCACAGUCUACACAGAGAGAAGAGAAAGGGACAGAUCAGGACACAAAAGACAGACAAAGUAAGCUGAUUACCUGUGAUACCUGUGGAAAUCUCUUCGAAACCUUGGGCGGGCUAAGGAGACACCAGGUCACUCAUAUAAAGAAACAAAUCUACAAGUGUGCAAAAUGUCAGCAGGAUUUCACACUUAAAGUUGAACUGUCACGGCACAUGCAGACACAUGUUAGUACCUAUACAGGGGACAGUGAUUCUAUUUCUGUACACCAAGUGGAGACAAAUCUAGUAUCCCUGCUAAAAGGUCCUCCUCAAGUAGACAGGUUGCAAGAUUUUCAAGAUAACCUUAACAUAAAGGAAUCCAUUACAAUUCAAAAACUUGGGGACACAAAUUCUGUAUCUGAAUUUCAACUUGACCAACAGAGUAAGGGUAAUAUUUCUGAAACCAAGAAUCUCGCACAAGGAACAGAAAACAUGGAAGAGGUUUGUCAUGCAGAACAAGAAUCCAUCAUAGCCGAGGGCAAAUCUGACCUACUUUUAGAACAGGUUAUAGAGCAUUGUUUAGCUGCAGAUGAAAUUCAAGCUUCAGAAGUUACUGUAAAAGAGUUAGGACAAAUCCAGCCAUCAUCUACCCUUGGUCCAAUCCAGCCAUCAUCUACCCUUGGUCCUGUUGGUAAGAACCAAGAAUUGACUAACAUUGUCACAGCCGAGAAUGAGACAUAUGUUACCGUAGAACAUGAUAACGAUAUCACAGAUCUACUUCUCCAAGAUGACUGUUUCAAAGCUUCCAACCAACAAACUUUAUGUUCUUCAAAUUCUCAGAGAGAAAAUCAGAAAGCCACUUCUAUGGACAUCAAAUCCAGCACUUCACUCUUGUCCAUCGGGCAAUCGGACAUGGUGGUGAGGGGCAACACUGCUAAGUUAGUAAAUUACAGUAAAGAGUUGGUCACCAGUGGUCAAACUGUCAACACAACCGUUCAUAGUAACUUGACCAGUGGUCAAACUGUCAAUACAACCGCUCAUAGUAACAUGACCAGUGGUCAAACUGUCAAUACAACCAUUCAUAGUAACUUGACCAGUGGUCAAACUGUCAAUACAACCGCUCAUAGUAACAUGACCAGUGGGGUCACGACAAUAGGUCAUUUAAAGGCAGCACCUAGUGUGCCAAAUCAACUUGGUGAAGAAAGUGCAAAGCUGGCUCAGCUGUCUGACAAACAUGUUAGUAUUAAGUCUCAUUUCUCGAAGGAAGACAUCGACAAGGAAGUCACUGAUGAUCCAGUCCUUGGUUUGGUAUCUGGACUUGUCAAGUUCUGUCCUGAUUUGAGUGAAACUGAUUACACAGAAGUGGCCAAGGUGACCGGUGUCACGGUCAUCAUGCUGGACAAACAGAAAAUCGUCGUCCAUGGUUCCUGGAAAGCUCUGAACCGGGCCUACGCAAUGAUAGAGAAUUUACAGGUGGAGGCCAAAAAGGAAAGAGAAUGUGUUACAGUGACUUCCCCUAUGGAGUGUGUUACAUUAAGCUCCCCAGUGGAAUGUGUUGAAGUUACCUCCCCUGCAGACUGUGUCAUGGUUGCGUCCCCUCUAGAAUCUAGUGAAGAUCAACUCAAACAAAAUGGAGUAGAAUCCGGUUUGAUGGUUGCUGAUGAUUCUGACCCUGACGUUGCCAUAGAAACCAGUAAUUCUGUGGACUUGGAUAACUUAACCCCUAUUUCUAUGAUGGAACCAGACACAUUCCUGUGUGACAAGUGUUCCAAGCUGUUCUGGAGCAGGCGUUCCCUCCAGGAACACAUCGCCUUACGACACAGUGAACACAAGUGUAAAAUGUGUAACAAAGUUUUCAGUGAACGUCGAUAUCUGCAGACACAUCUCAAGAGACAUGCAAAUGUUCGUAACUACACAUGUUCAAUCUGUGGGUGGAAGUUUAUGGAGCGUUUCAAGAUGAAGUUACACAUGGAGUCUCACAAGGAACGGAAGGAUCGUCGUCUACCGUACAAAUGUACAAUGUGUGGUAAUCAGUUUUAUAACCGGGCCAGUUGGAGCGACCACCUCAACACACAUACAGGUAACCGUCCAUAUUCCUGUAUGCUGUGCAGUAAUUCCUUUGCACAUCGUAUUGGACUGAAGCGACACAUGGUGACACAUUUAAAGGACAAACCCUACAAGUGCGGCCAGUGCGGACGAAGUUUCUCCUUCAGGAGUAAACUAACAGACCACAUGACCAUGCACACUGGGAUUAGCAAGCACAGAUGUUCACAUUGUGGGAGGAUAUUCACAGCGUCAUCGUCACUGCGGCGCCACAUGGAGCAGUGUACCAGCCCCACUAAGCCUCCAGGACCUAAGGUCAGCGAGGAGACUACGACAAUGGAGAUGACUGUUGAUGUGAUUCAGGCUACAGACACUGAUACUAUCUACAUGUGUGGCAUAUGUGCAGAAACAUUUGACUCGCUAGUCAAGGCAGAAAAACAUACAAUUGAUCAUGAACAGGGAGUUACCACUACAGUAGGAGAUGACACUGUCGUGCUUCAGGACAAUCAACAGGUUGUCAUCACAGACAAUGUCACUAUAAUCAGUGAACAGAUUAGUUACACACCAGUCAGUGAACCUGUCAUAGCAACAGAGGGGUUGCUGAACUGUAGUCAUAGUAACACACCAGUCAGUGAACCAGUCAUAGCAACAGAGGAGUUACUGAACUGUAGUCGUAGUAACACAAGUCAGUGCACCACAGUCAUAGCAACAGAGGGGUUACUGAACUGUAGUCAUCGUAACACACCAGUCAGUGAACCACAGUCAUAGCAACAGAGGAGUUACUGAACUGUAGUCAUCGUUACACACCAGUCAGUGAACCACAGUCAUAGCAACAGAGGGGUUACUGAACUGUAGUCAUAGUAACACACAAGUCAGUGAACCACAGUCAUAGCAACAGAGUUACUGAACUGUAGUCAUAGUAACACAAUUCAGUGAUCUUCAGGCGUAGCAACGUAACAUUUACUGAAGUGUAGUCAUAGUAACACACAAGUCAAUGAAUCAGUCAUAGCAACAGAGGAGUUACUGAACUGUAGUCAUAGUAACACACAAGUCAGUGAACCACAGUCAUAGCAACAGCGUUACUGAACUGUAGUCAUAGUAACACACAAGUCAGUGAACCAGUCGUAGCAACAGAGGGGUUACUACUGAACUGUAGUCAUAGUAACACAAUUCAGUGAUCUUCAGGCGUAGCAACGUAACAUUUACUGAAGUGUAGUCAUAGUAACACACAAUUCAGUGAACCACAGUCAUAGCAACAUAAGAUUUUCUGAACUGUAGUCAUAGUAACACACAAGUCAGUGAAUCAGUAACAGCAACAGAGGAGCCUGUAAACUCAACUGAAGUCAAAACCCAAAAUAUGUUGAACCAGUCAUAGCAACAAAGAAGUCAAUGAACCAUAGUCAUAGCAACACAAAAAAUAUUGAUCUUGCCUUAACAUCAGAGUCUAUGAACCAUAGGUAUAGCACUAGAGUCAGACCGGAAUGUGUCGUCUGUCCUAUUCACCCAUGACAAUACCCCCCUCCAAAUCAAUGUAAACAACACAUAUAUGCCGGUAGCCUGUUCUUACACGAUAGAGCAGACGUUUAUUCAAAAUGCAUGAUAUCUCACUUGUGACACUUGUGUACAAAAAAUUCAAAUUAUUACUCCUCCAUGGCAUCUGGACAAUGAUACAUUCAUUACAUUAUAUAAUUACAGGGAACCAUCUCCCCCGACAUCCAGGGUUAAAAACCAGAGAUAAAACUUAAUAAGUCACAAAAGCUCUGGGAAACCUUGUGAUAUCCUUCAUCAUCUGUGAAAACAAAUCCAAUACUGAUAUUAACAUACCUUUACCAAACAAAAAUUUACUUAAAUCAACCGUAUUCUUAGGCGUCAGGCUAAAAUGCCUUCUGUCCUAUUCGAACCAACCACGUAUUAAUCCACCCUGCCACACUUAAAUCUUGUGCUCCUUACCUUUCACGGACCAAUUCAAUCACUAUGCUCUCCCCCUUUCGCCGGAGUAUUUCACUAUGAAUAUUCGUUACUCUCAGGCCUCAUGCCUGAAUGAAACCUAUAACUAUUAGGAAAUGAAACAUACAGACAAUUAUUAACUGCUAUACUAUGUAACGCAGUAAAAUUUUAUUUACCUGUGGGUUGGAAUAAAUCUGGUUUUAUUAUAUUAAUGUACUGUAAACAAUGCCCAGUGGACUUUAUUUACAAGUCUCGCGGAAGGUCAUGGAUCUACAGCUGAACUAGUUACAAGUACUUGCUAAAAUAAAUUACUGUAAAAUAUAUAACUCAUAAUAAUGUUUGAUUUGAUAUGAUAAAAGACUUAUUUUUUAAUAUCUAAUAUAUUGAUAUAACUGUAGGUUAUUGUUCAUUGUUCAUUAAAUUGUUGCUGUU